UCCUGCCCCCACCCCUUUGCUCUCAUUCACUUGUCUCCAUCCACCACUGCCUUCACCACCACCACCAACUGUCAGUUCUCUCCUUACUCACCAAGAACCCAACAAAACCCAGUGUCACUGUGCGCACGUGAAGCGAGUGACCGACCGGCGGCCGCAGCAGCGCAUUGCCGCGUCCUCGCGGUCUACAAUGCGCUCUCGGCUCCGGCCGCCGCCGCCACCAGGGUUUCGUUGAGUUCUCUCGUCGUCGCUUUGAUUAGUCCUUGGCCUGUGAUUCUUGAGUGCUGGGUUCUUGGACUGGGGGAUCAGGUAUUGCAAUCCCUUUUUCUGUGUUGCUAAUAUCUGAGGAGCAAAGACCACUGCUGGUUCCGAGCAGGAUUUCUAAUUGGUGGAAGCUUUUAUCUGUAGUUGGACUUUGAUGAAUCAACUGGUCUCUUGUAUAUUGUGAAAUCGCAAUGGGUUCAUCUCCCUCCAAAGCCACCAGAGAGGAUGCCCUAGUUCUGUGCAAGGAUCGAAUGCGCCAUAUCAGGCGAUCCAUUGAUUCAAGAGAUGCACUGUCAGCAGCGCACUUAUCAUAUACUCAAUCCCUCCGCAGUGUGGGGACCGCACUGCGGCGGUAUGCUGAGUCUGAGAUCUCACCAGAGUCAUCGCUCUUCAUUUCAGAAGUGGAUAAGUCGCCAUCACAUUCCUCUAUGGCAUCCCCAUCACCUUCUCGUGCAGUAGAGAAUGUUAGCUCUCCGGUGCAUCAAGCAAGUCAAAUGACUCCUCCCUCAACAAGAAUUCAUUACAUGAAAGCGGCAGGAGCCACUCCAAUAACAAUCACAAUCGAUCCAUCUGCUGCUGAAUUUGUGGGGCAAGAAUCUCCGGUCUCUACUUUUGUGCCCCCGCCACCACCAUUGCCCCCAGAAUUAUGUACCUCGUGGGACUUCUUUGAUCCCAUUGCUGCUGCUGGUAGUGCUUCUUCCAACAAUGAGAACGGGCUAACCUUGAACUUUAGUAGAUUGAAGGGUUUGAGAGAUUCAAGGGAAGCCGAAGUAGUGCCAUUGAAAGAAGACAACAAAGAAGAAGCAAUCAUGUCCGAUAGAAGGCAUACAAAACUUCCUUGUGGCAAUACAUCUUCUAAGCAGGAAAGCGAGCCAAAGCAAAGUGGGAUGAGUAAACCAAGUCAAAUGGUUGAUGCUUCAACCAAAGCUACUUCUUCUGAGCAGGUUGCUGCAAAGGUGGAGGAAAGCGAGAUGGAAAAAGAAUUGUGCGCAGAGACAGAAGAUCCUUCAGAGUUCAUUACUCAUCGUGCGAAAGAUUUUGUGUCGAGCAUGAAGGACAUUGAAACCCGGUUUAUACGUGCAGCCGAAGCAGGGAAUGAGGUUUCCAGAAUGCUUGAGACAAAGAAGAUAAGACUUGACAUAUGUGCUAAAAUACCAGGUUCUCCAAGCAAGCCACCUACUGCCCAGUUUGUGUCAGCACUUCGAGUCUGCUGCAAUCGUGACAUUAUUCUCAACCAGGAAACUGCACAGCAUGUUUCAAAGGUUGUCACGUGGAAGCGUUCUGUCUCAUCUUUAUCAUCAUCCUCUAAGAGUGCACUUAUGCCAUCGAUGAUUAAAGAUGACGUGGACGACAGUAAUAGUGAUUUUGUUGAGGAAUUUGCCAUGGUAUCUGGAAGCCACUCUUCUACGCUGGACAGGCUACACGCAUGGGAGAGAAAACUAUACGAUGAAAUCAAGGCUAGUGAAAAUGUCAGAAAGGCUUAUGAUGAGAAAUGUAACCUCCUCCGGCGCCAAUUCGCACGAGGUCUAAAUGCACAGCUGAUUGAUAAGACUAGAGCUGUUGUAAAGGAUCUGCAUUCCAGGGUAUCUGUUGCGAUCCAGGCUGUUGAUGCAAUCUCCAAAAGAAUCGAGAAGAUAAGGGAUGAAGAACUGCAGCCACAGCUUGUUGAGCUUAUUCAAGGCCUAAUCAGAAUGUGGAAAUCAAUGCUGGAAUGCCACCACAAACAAUUCAUCACAAUCUCACUGGCAUACCAUGUGAAAGGCUCAACCACGGUGCAACAAGGCGAGCACCACCGCCAAGCGGCGAUGCAUAUGUGGAACGACAUGGACUGCUUUUCCUCCAGCUUCAAAAACUGGAUCACCGCUCACAAGUUGUACGUCGAGGCCCUCAAUGCAUGGCUCCAGAAGUGCGUCCUGCAGCCACCCCAACGCAGGCGGAAGCGCAAGGUCUCCUUUCCUCCCCGCCAGGCCGUCUCCCCUCCAAUAUUUGUCCUCUGCCGAGACUGGCUUGCCAUGAUGGAAUCGCUCCCCACCGACGAGUUAUGCAUGUCCAUCAAAGACGUAAUGCAGCUCAUCCGUAGCUCGUUUGAGCACCAGGAUGACCAGAACAAACCCAAAAGCGAGUUGCAGGAGUGCGGGAUGCUGGAGAACAACGUGCGGGAGGAGGUUAGUGGAAGCGUAGCGGCAGCCGAAGGGUUGCAGUCAAGGCUGACGACGGUUCUUGAUCGCCUGACAAAGUUCUCAGAGGCUUCGCUGAAGUGCUACGAGGAGCUCAAGCAGAACUAUGAGAUGGCUUGCGAUGAUUACAGGAGAGUCGGACCAAAUGCUCAACUUGUUUAGCCGUACGUUGAUUGUGCUGUAUUUUUCUGGAUAAAAGUUUCUAGUCUUUCUGUAUAUAUUUUAUGAACGAUCAGAUUAUGGUAGAAUCUUUGGCCUAAUAUUAGUGCCAUCAGUUAUCUAUGCCUCAGUGUUGUGACCUUUUUCACAAUGACAGGACAAGUAAUUUAUCAGAAAAUUCAGCGUGCAUCU